AUGAGUUCUUGUCCUUGGACUGGUAAGAAGGAGGAGGGCAAGGAAUCGGCGUGCGAGGAGUGCAUCAGUGGUACGAUUCAUGCCGGGCUGCCACAGGGCACCAUCGAGCCUCUCCAUGGCCUGGACACCUACAUCAUCGGCAACAGAACGAACCCUCGCGCCAUCAUCGUCAUCUAUUCGGAUGUUUUCAGCCACACCCUACCAAACAACAAGCUUAUCGCAGACGCCUAUGCGAAGAGCGGGGAGUACCUCGUCUACAUGCCCGACUUCUUUGAAGGUGAUCCUGUCAAACUCAGCCUCGCCGAUGUCCUCAUCCCUACCGAUGCUGCAAACCAAUCUGCUCUGUCAAAGUACGGCGGACUACUGGCUAACAUGCCAAGCUACUUGAUGUGGGUAGGAAGGCAUGGGAAGGACAAGACACACAACGCCUGUGUGCAGUGGCUGCGGAAGCUAAGGCAGUCCGAGGAGGCGCAAGGCAAGAAGAUGGGGAUGGUGGGCAUGUGCUGGGGAGGGAGGUUUGUUCUGCGUGCUGGGCGGACAUGUGAAUCAAUCCAAGGUGCUGAUGGGAAGACGGUGCCGCUUAUUGAUGCAGGUGUCGCACUCCAUCCUUCCAAUGUGGUGCUUCCCGAGGAUGUUGAAGGUCUGGCUGUUCCAGUGAGCAUUGGAUGGGGCGAGGUGGACAUCGUCACCCCAUUCAAGCAGAAGGGACAAAUCGAAGAGAUCGUUAAGAAGAGGAAAGAAGCGGGUGAGCCCGUACCAGAGGUGGAGCAUAGGGUGUACACGCCUGGAAGGCACGGUUUCAGCGUGAGAGGGAACCCUGAGGACCCAGCGGAACGCAAAGCACUUGAAGACUCGGUGACGCAGGUUUUCGAAUGGUUUGAGAAGCGACUUUGA